AUGGGACAUCUUCGACUUGCUAUCGCCGCAGCAUUAGCAGUAGUAGUCAAGAGUGUGAGUGCUUUUACUAUCGGCUCACCUCCGGGCUUUGCAGCAGGUACAGCGGGUGGAGCCGAUGGCACCGUCGUAUACCCGAACACAAACGAAGAAUUGAUCGCUUAUCUGAACGCGCCGGAGCCGCUCGUCCUCGUUUUGAACAAUACCUUCGACUUUCGUGGAACUGAAGGAGCGACAACUGAGAUCGGUUGCCGUCCACAGAGUGCCCGCGAGUGCAUCCCCGCCAAUUCUGGUUUUAAGAGCCAAGAUGUGAUCCUCACAAAUGGAAUGAACAACACCGGUGGCUGCAAGAACGGCACGGAAACGAUAGUGGCAUACGAUAACGCUUAUCGGUGGCGCAUGAAGGUUACCAGCCAUAAGACCAUUUGUGGAAUUGGCAGACGUGGAGUCAUCAUGGGGAAGGGUAUGACACUCAAAGGCGACAACAUCAUCGUCCAAAAUAUUCACAUCACCGAGCUCAACCGCCAUCUCGUCUGGGGCGGUGACGCGCUCUUUAUGGAAGGAACAAUCAACGGUACAAAGACAAUGAACAAUAUCUGGAUUGAUCACGUGAAGGUCUCCCGUGUUGGACGUCAAAUGCUCAUCGUGAGCAAAGCUGGUGUCGCGUCUUUGACAGUAAGUAACUCGGACUUUGACGGAGAAAUAGACUACUCAGCCUCUUGCAAUGGUCGUCACUACUGGACCAUCCUGCUUUACGGCAAGGAAGUAGGUGUUAGCUUGCUCGACAACUACGUUCACUCGACGUCUGGACGAUCUCUUAAGAUUGGUGACAAGAAUUCUUCCGUUAUCGCACACGUCGCCAACAAUUACUUUAGCAAUCUCGACAACCACUUGAUGGGAAUGCGUGGAUGCUAG